AUGAGAUCAUAACUAGUCUAUAGCACCCGCAGAUAUAUUAGUUCAAAUUGGACCUUCCAAAAGGGCAAACUUACCCUUCAAAAACUUAAAGACAAAUCAACCAUAGAUGAAACAAUCAAUUAAGUAAAUGUAGUAUUCCCGGAUCAAUUCGGUCGUCUAACUGGACUUAAGCUUAAUGCUGAAUACUUUGCUGAUGAGGUAGAAAAACAUCAAAAAUAGAGUACUUCGGAAAAAGAAUCUCUUCCAUUCUUUGAAUAUAAAUACAAUCCAUUCAGGUUUGAUGUUCAAGGAAAGCCAAUCACAUUUGACGAUGAUGUCAAGUUAUCAAAGAGUAUCAGACUAGUACCAGACCUUGAUACUCUCAGAGAAUAGCCUUGGCUUUCAAAGGAAGCAGUUGUUAUGGCUGAUGUGUAUGAUAUUGAAACAGAUAAAAAGAUAAAGUUUGCUCCGAGAAAUCUUAUGAAGGAAACUAUAAAUCAGCUUAAUUUUUCAAAAGAUUUGGACCAAGUUAAAUCUCAAAUUAUGUUCUCAUUUGUGCUGCAUAAACUCGGAAAGGAGGAAAAAGAUCAACAUCAUAACUCCCAUAAGGGUAUGCUAACUUUGGAAUAAGGUUGGGGAGAAGUAUUGGAUGAUUGCAAGAAAAGUCUUCAUAACAUUGGUAUACCAGUUUAAGCCAAAGAUCAAACACAUAUCAAUAACUAAUUUAGAUUCCAUCUGAGAUAAGUUCAAGGAAACUUACUUUCCCAGUGUGAUAUGUUUCACUUAGGCAAGCAUGCUAUGAAGUUUAUCGGUUAUACACACUAGUAUGACAUCAGUAGUCUCCCAAUUGACUCCAGUAAAAAUCCUAAUGAUCUAAUUUUGAACCUCGAGGGAAUGGAAAUACAUCCAAGUGUUCUUUAAAACAUCUUGUACUUUGCUCCUAAUAUUAAUUCAGUCAGAAGACUUAGGGAUAGAAAGAACGGAGAUAUAUUCAAACAAAAAGGUGAAUAGAGUUAUGAAAUAGCAAUCUCAGCACCUGAUGUGAACCUUUACCUAGCUCUAUCUAAUUUAUUGAAAACUUAACCAAAUCAUGAAAAAGCUCUAAAGAUUCCAAGAAACUAUGAGGAAGCACUUGGCAUGUUUGAAGAGUACAAAGAUAACUAAGACAGUGAAGUAUAUAAUUACUAUCACCAAUUAUUCAAACAUGAGUAGAAUGAGUUCAAUGACUUUUUUACUAAGUGGGAAGUAAAUAGAAUCUAUUGA